AUGGAGCCAGAAGAAGCCAAUGGGAAAGGAAACAUGGGCACCAAGAAAAAGAACCUGAACUUCUUGAGGUCCCGGCUCUACAUGCUGGAGAGAAGGAAGACUGACACUGUGGUUGAGAGCAGUGUUUCUGGGGACCACGCUGGUACCCUGAGGAGGAGCCAGUCUGACAGGACCGAAUACAACCAGAAACUGCAAGAAAAGAUGAGUCCACAGGCCGGGUGUGCGGCGGAGACCCUGACGCAGGAGGAGGAGGAGGAGCAGCAGACGCGGAGGAUGAUGGCGAGGCGUUCCAAAAUCAUCGAGGAGCUGGUACAGACGGAAAGGGACUAUCUCAAGGAUCUAGAGCUGUGCAUUAAGGAAGUGGUUCAGCCCUUGAGAAAUAAACAGAUUGAUCGGCUGGACGUGGAUAGCUUGUUUAGCAAUAUUGAAUCCGUGCAUCAGAUAUCAGCCAAGCUGCUGUCAUUGUUGGAAGAGGCCACAGCAGACGUGGAACCGGCCAUGCAAGUAGUCGGAGAAGUGUUCUUGCAGAUUAAAGGGCCGCUGGAAGAUAUUUAUAAAAUCUACUGCUAUCACCAUGACAAAGCGCACAGUGUCCUCGAGGCCUAUGAGAAGGAGGAGGAGCUGAAGCAACAAUUGAGCCUCUGCGUCCAGUCCUUACAGAACAUAUACAUUCAAGAAGGCAAACCGAACCUAACUAACAUGAGCUCCUUGUUGAUCAAACCAAUCCAGCGUGUGACGAAAUACCCCCUAUUACUGUGCGAACUUCGCAAUUCUACCCCUCCCUCUCACCCAGACUUCAGAGCCCUGGAGGACGCCUGUGCUGCUGUGAAGGACAUCAAUGUAAACAUCAAUGAACUGAAAAGACGGAAAGAUUUAGUUCUAAAAUACAAGAAGAAUGAUGAGGAUGAAUCACUUAAAGAUAAAUUGUCGAAACUAAAUAUUCACUCAAUUAGCAAGAAAUCAAAGAGAGUGACAAAUUAUCUCAAGAUUCUGACCAGAGGAGAAUCACAGGUGAAAGACAACACCUUUAAUAGAGAAGAAAAGCUAUUUAGAUCUUUAGAAAAGACCGUGAGGCACUGUGUGAAGAACAUUUCAUUCUGUCUUCAACACAUACAGGAUGCCAUGCACUUUGCCCUGCAGAGCAUGCUGGAGCUCCAGGAGAUUUCAUGCACCAAAGAUGAGGAAGAGGGGGGGCACCCAGAGGCCCCGAGGAAUGGCCCAUAUCCCUGUGAUGACUUUGCAGCUCACUUACAGAAGCUCGUCCUGACGCCCCUGUCAGCCCUGCUGUCCCUGUUCCCAGGGCCUCAGAAACUCAUCCAGAAACGCUAUGACAAGCUGCUGGACUACAACAGCUACCUGCAGCGGGCAGCAGGGGAGGAGUCAGACUUGGCCAAAAAGGAGUACGAGGCCCUCAACGCCCAGCUUGUGGAGGAGCUCCAGGUGUUCAACCAGGCCGCACGCAAGAUUCUGUUGAACUGUCUGUGCAGUUUCAUCACCCUCCUCCGGGACCUGACGCUGGUGAGACAGCAGCUGUAUUCCACGGUGGUGCCGGUACCAUUGUUGGUUUCAGACAUCUCUGAAAUGCAGAACAGAGUGCUAGAAGAGGUUCAAAAUCUGAAUUUUAUAAAGGACAACAGUGCCACCUUUAUUGAGAGAAAACUUAGUUUUGAAAAGAAGAAGCCUGUGCAAGUUCCGCCAGAAGUGCCGCGUCAAACGGACACUCACCGCUCCAAACUUCUGUCCACAUACACUACCGAGGAACUCUACCAAGCUAAGCGCAAAUGCAAUGCUACACAAGAAUAUGACAUCAAUCUUCUGGAAGGGGAGUUGGUGGCUGUGAUGGAACAGAAAGAUCCACUGGGGAGUACGAGCAGGUGGCUUGUUGACACAGGAAUUAUUAAAGGAUAUGUGUAUUCUUCCUUCCUAAAACCCUACAAUCCGGCCAAGGCGCAGAAGGUGGGUGCUGAGAACAGGUCCUGUGAUGAUGACUUUGAUAACAUCAGCCUCUUUGUGUCUUCGCGGCGAACUAGGGGCAGUGUCACAAGCACCCCAGAAGGUAGCAUAAGUGACAGCAGCUCCUCUCUGAGCGGCACAUGUGGAAAGUUUGAAACAAACGGCACUGAUGUUGACAGCUUUCAAGAGGUAGACGAGCAGAUUUUCUAUGCAGUUCAUGCCUUUGAAGCACGGAGUAACUGUGAACUCAGCCUUCAGGAAUACCAAAGAGUUCAUAUACUUAGAUUUUGUGAUCUGAGUGGCAAUAAAGAGUGGUGGUUAGCUGAAGCUCGAGGGCAGAAAGGAUAUGUGCCAGCUAACUACCUUGGAAAGAUGACUUACGCUUAAGAAAAUCAGACUUCUGGCUUACUUAAAGUGAAGAUAUUCUGAAUGUGUUCUUUACCAUCAUGAAAGGUUGACUCUAAGGACAAGGUUUUUUUCAACUUACUGUAUUUUAUUUUUCUGUAUUAUGUAUUUCACCAUAAAAAUGUUGUUUUUCGCGUCUCUUUGUUGCACAUCCUUACACACACAUAUCCUAUA